GGACCGUAGGCCACGAUGAAUAGGUCGUGUCCAGCUUCCAGAGCCGAGGACACCAGUGGGGAGAUGGUUCUGGUAUACAAUUCGUCUCCUCCGCCUCUCUCACGGAGAAUGGCGUCGAACGAGUAAGACUCUCCGCCAUCCGAGGUUUCCAGACUGUCUCCCUCCACCCUCCACACCUUCUCCUCUUCUGAGGGACAGCAAUUCACCGCCACUCGAAAGUGACGGCUCAUGUUCAUGCAAACGUCUGCUUGCUGUCGAAGUGUGGGGCCGGCCCUCUGCCCCUCUUGUUUUCUGCACGCAGCAUGUCUGGCCUGGAGAUCGUGGACAUCGAUCGUUGGGUGGAGGAGAACAAGUCCUCCUUCGUCCCUCCAGUCUGCAACAAGCUAAUGUUCGGAGCUGGGCAGCUGAAGAUAAUGUUCAUAGGCGGACCCAACCAGAGGAAAGACUACCACAUUGAGAGGGAGAAGAGUCCUCUCGACCAGAUGUACCUGCACCCAAGUCGCAUCCCCCACUCCCCACAGAGAUAUGGAGGCACAGUCGGUCUGGUGAUAGAGCGAGAGAGGUCCGAGGAUGAGGUGGAUGGUCUCAGGUACUAUGUUGAUGGGACCAUCAAACCACUCUGGGAGGAGUGGUUCCAUUGCGACGACCUUGGCACACAACUGGGCCCCGUCAUUAAGAAGUAAUGACUUAUGCAUUCACUCAUAACCCGAAUAGGUUGUAAUGCGAGUUAUUUCUCAUCUAACCACUUACUGUCUGACAGGUACUUUGCAUCAGAAGAGCAUGCAACAGGAAAACCUCCAGAAGGAAAAGUGUUUCCACCUCCUCCUGUGAAGAUUGACACAACCACACCGUCCCAUCCUCCCCUCAACCUCGCCUGCUGGAUGGUGGAUAAUAAGGAGGAGAUUAACAAGAGAGGGAGCAAAGUAUUGUACUCCAGAGGAGAAUUCAAGGUGACGGUGUGGGGAGGUGAUGUGGUGCAAGAGGGAGGUGGAGGAGAUGGAGAGACGUUUCUAUGGCAACUGAAGGGUUCAGCGGAGGUCACCUGUGACCGUGGUUCUGGGAUUCUCAGCAGACACUCCUGCACACUUAUUCAGGCCGGAGAGAAGUUCAAAGUUCUCCGGAAGCCUGGUUCAAUGGGGAUAACAGUCACCACUGACCCUUUUGCCAACAAAUAGACUCUGACCUCUACCGUUGGAACUCUGUAAUAGGCUGUCAAUAUUUUCAUUACCUGAAAUAGAAUAUUUAUAUGCUGAUAUAAUACUGGCUAAAAAGACGUUCAUCGAUAGUGAGAGGAUGAAUUGAAAAUCAUGACGUCUUGUUCCACCAUGACUUCCUAUCCACCUCUGUCAUACAUGACAUGAGGAACUCGAAGUAGACCCCACCCAUGAGCCAGAGCGGAGCAUACUCCAUGGUGAUGAGUCCCAUGACGUCAUAGUCAAACUGGGAGUAAUCCCAGGGGCAGGCCCCGAACAAUCGGAGGACAGCUCCUGUGAGGAACUCCCAGCAGUAGGUCAAUGGGAUGUAGAGGAAACAGCGAGCCCAGAGCGGGACUCGGCGAGCUAUCAUCAUCUCCCUCAGCAGUUCGGCUCCGAAGAAAGCCCCCAGACCGUAGAUGAGGAACGACCAGAGAGAAGAUUGCCCCAUUAGUCGAGGGUUUCCCCCCGCAACCAAUUCCCAUAUUGCUGUGAACACCACCUCAACGAACACGCCGUGAACGCCCCAGAAAUAGAGUCUGUACUUCCAGGGAAGCAUGGCUUACACCUGGCAGCUUGGGCGGGCAGGAGAGAGCGGCGCGGAGGAGGAUAAUCGACGACGCGUGUGUACGUGUGUACGUACGUGGGGGAAACUGCGCAUGCGUACCCGCGCUCGGGCAAAACGACUGCGCAUGCGUAUGCGCUCGUGCGUGAAGAUGUCUCGAGGAGGGGAGCAAGGAAACAGCGGCAGCAGCCAGCAGAGUGCCUCUGACGCGGAGUUUAGAGCGUCUUUCUCUCUCUUACCUCACGUCAACAACAUCCUGGCCAGCCUCAGCCAGUCAGACCACUCUGCAGUCGAGAAAACAGUUAGUGAGCUGGAUGCUCAAGUACGCCGGUGUCAGCAGCUACUGAGCAACUGUCCCUAUCUCGAUCUCUCAGAAGACGAGCAGAAAACACUCCUGGAGAGAAAGAAGACACUUCUGCAAGAGAAAAGUGAACUUCUGGUUAGUUACACAGACUUGGCUGUGAUUGUUUCCAGAUGACAUCAUGACUUUCAUAUGUACAUUUUAUGACAUUCAGAAUAAUAU